CAUGGACCAUGGCAGAGAGCAACAGAGCUCUAACCAAAAAAUACAUUCUGAAAGCUAAGAGAAUCAUAUAUCUACGAAUAAUAUAAGAAUUGAGUUUUGUGUAUAUUAACAAUUAUUUCACAGCAUAAAAUCUGAUUAACAAUGCGGCUUGGAUUGGUUCUAUUAACCAGCCAUAUAAAUAAAAUACCAUACAGAUUCAGAGGGAAAUAUCGUAAAGUUAAAAAACCAUCUAUGCACGAUUUACUUAAGAUGAAACAAGAUUUUGAAAGAGAAGAGCAAAACAUGUUGAUUCUGCGGCAUCCCUAUCUCACACUUGAACAAAGUCAUGGUCACAUGAAGGACAUGUACCCCAAAAGCAGAAAGCAAAACUUUCUCGAGAAGGUACGGGCAGAAAAUCAUCAAAAGUUCCAGAAAGAAGUGACUAUCGCUGAACGUUUGUGUCACAUGAGAGUUACAGAAGCAUGGGAUUGACAUCUUUCUACAGAUAUAAUAAUAUGUAAUUAUUUUUCAUGAAUUGUUUUAGAUUUAAGUUAAAUCUACUCUGAAUCCAAGAACAUUUAAUUUUCUUUUUUUUUGUUUUUGUUUUUGGUAACAUUUUGAAUCAGCACAAUGCCGAGUAUAUUAGAGAGUAUGUUAGAGGAAGAGUAAAAGUAUAGAAUAGGGGAAAGAUAGAGUAGUGAAAUGUGUUACUUAAGUUUAUCUAAUAAGAAAUGCCAUACAUUGCAAUUAUAAAAUAAAAAUUGAAACUAAUACUGUAACAUUUUAAAGCAUUAAAUUAUAUUGUUCAUGUUAAACAAUUCAAACUUAA